AUGUGGUGGGCCUGGCCAUUCCUGCCUGCUUUGGUGCUCCUCUCAGAGCUCUCUGUGGUGAGAGUCCAGACAGCACCAUGCCAGACCUGCCAAAAACUCACUGAAAGUUUCAUUAAGGGCUUGGAGAAAACGGCUAACAAGAACUUUGGAGGAGGUAACACUGCCUGGGAGGAAGAGAAGCUGGCUAAGUAUGCACGCAGUGAGACUCGGCUCCUUGAGAUAGUAGAAGCUGCUUGUGAGAAAACAGAUUUUGAUUGUAACCAACUGCUGGAGCAGAUAGAAGACCAAGUGGAGACAUGGUGGUUCCACAGGCAGCAGGAGGCACCUGACCUGUUUGAGUGGCUGUGCAUAGAGGAGCUGAGACUUUGCUGUCCACCUGGACGCUUUGGACCUGAUUGCAAAGAGUGUCCAUCCGGCCCCGGUGGUGUGUGUGGGGGUCUGGGCCGCUGCGAGGGGGAGGGGACUCGCCUGGGUGAUGGAGAAUGUGUCUGUGAUCCCGGAUACUCGGGCCAUCUGUGCCAGAGCUGUGCUGAUGGCUAUUUCAGAGAGAAAAGCUCCAAUGACAGCAAAGGAGCCUGUGCAGCUUGCUACCACUCAUGUAAGAAAUGCGUAGGGCCGCAGGAUUACAAAUGUCUUGACUGCAAACCCGGUUGGCUCCUUCAUGACAACAAAUGCGUGGAUGUCGAUGAAUGUGGUACAGAGCUGGCUCGUUGUCCCUCUAACACCUACUGUCACAACACAGAAGGAUCAUAUGAAUGCAGAGGCUGUGACCAGGCAUGUGUGGGCUGCAUGGGUAGUGGUCCUGCUCGCUGUAAGAAAUGUGCACGUGGCUACAGAUUGAAAGGAUCCAAAUGUCUUGAUGUCGAUGAAUGUAGUGAACGUGCAAUCGCAUGCCCAGGACUCAAUGAGGCCUGUAUCAAUGAGGUGGGCUCCUUCCACUGUGACUGUGCUGAUGGCUUCAUCAGAAGAGACAGCAUUUGUGUCGAGAAUAAACCUCCUACUGGUCCAGAAAAGGGACUGUUUGAUGACAUGACAGAUGAUGAGGUCCUUGUACUUCAGCAGAUGUUCUUUGGCGUUGUCAUCUGUGCCCUGGCUACACUCGCUGCUAAAGGGGACAUGGUUUUUACUGCUAUUUUUAUCGGAGGUGUGGCUGCUAUGGCUGGAUACUGGCUGACAGAAAAGGGAGACUACAUGCUGGAUGGAUUCCUGAAGGGACGCUAG